UUUAAUCUCAUGUUCGUCGUCAAAAUUCUCAUAAUUUAUUUUUUUAUUUGCCGCAAGUUGUCGUAAUUUAUAAAUAUUCAGUGUCAAUUAAUAUUUUAUUUAAAAUUAUUAUCAAAUUUUAUACUUGCUAGGAAUGGAAGCUACAGGGGAUAGCAAUUUGGACCUUGAUGAACCAUCAAAAUGGGGACUAAAAAUGCUUCUUAAUCAUGAAUACCCUCUACAGACAAAACAGCUACUUAUACCAAAACCAAAUCAGAUUCUUGAUUUGGUGCCUCUUUCAGCCAGAUAUGUGAAGUAUUACUGUGCAAAAAGAAUGCAAAAGAAGCGGCCUAUAAUGGAUUAUUUUAAUACAAUUAAUGCUCAAAGGAUACAUGGUUGCCCUAUUGGUGGUAUUGGUGGUGGAACUAUAGGUAGAGGAUUCAAAGGAGAAUUCUGUAGAUUUCAGUUGUAUCCUGGUAUAUAUGAAUACAUAACUGUACCAGAAUGCCAGUUUAUAGUUAAUAUAAGAAAUGAACAUAAUGUAACUAUAUUUCAGUCAGUUUUGUCUACAUAUAACAAACCAAAGAAAGCACCAACAUCUUGGGAAUGGAAUCUAGACAGUUCUCAAUGUGAAUAUACUGCAUUGUAUCCAAGAGCGUGGACCACUUAUGACCUUUCCAAAUAUGGAAUAAAAUUAGUCUGUCGCCAAAUAUCACCAAUUAUACCUCAUAACUAUAAGGACUCGAGUCUACCCUGUGCAGUUUUUGUUUUUACCGCCAAAAACGUGUGUAACGAACGUCGCACCGUAAACAUAACGUUUACAUGGACCGAGAUACCAGUUGGUGUGAAUAAACGUAAAAAUAGUGGAAAGCUGGACUUGGAGAGGUAUUCAGAAGAGAAUACAUGCGGAGUGACUUUAGAACAAAGAGUGUGUGACACUCCACUCACGUUUACAAUAGCCAAGAAUAAAUCCGAGAACGAGACAAUACACGAGGGUUACUGCUUAUGGAAUUCGUUGAAGACGUCCAGUUAUGUAUGGGAGUGUAUUAAGAAGAAUGGCAAACUUGAACCAGAUCCUAGUCAAACUGCAACUCCUCCCAAAGGCGAAAAGGAUAAAAUUGAUGACAGCGAUAAACCAAAGAAAAUAUAUAAAAAUGAUUCCAUUGGUCUGUCGAACUCCAUAUCAUUGGAUCCUGGUGGAUGUGAUGUUGCAGAGUUUUGCCUUGUUUGGGAUAUGCCUAUAAUAAAAUACAAGAAAGACAGAAAAGUGCAUAAACGAUAUUACACAAAGUAUUUCGGUAGUGACGGCAUAGCGGGUGCAAGCAUAGCUGCGUACGCGCUUCGCAACUAUAAGAGUUGGGAGAAGCAACUCGCAGAGUGGCAGGACCCAAUUCUUAAUAACAGCAAUAUACCAGAUUGGUUAAAAAGUGCCUUAAUGAAUGAGCUUUACUACGUGGCGGACGGUGGGACUAUUUGGUUUGACGUCAGCGAAGACUUUCCCGAGACUGAUCCUAGACAUGAUUUCGGUGUGUUUGGUUAUUUGGAGGGUCAUGAAUAUAGAAUGUAUAAUACAUACGAUGUACAUUUCUAUGCAUCGUUUGCCUUAGCACAAUUGUGGCCUAAUUUACAAGUUGUAUUACAAUAUAUGUACCGAGACGCGAUAGCUCUGGAGACUUCUCAAUGCCGACAAUCGCUAUACGAUGGGAAAUAUGUAAAAUUCAAAAUAAAGGAAUCCAUUCCACACGAUUUGGGCGAUCCAGAGGACAUCCCAUUCACAAACAUAAACGCGUACAACAUACAUGACGUGUCCGAAUGGCGCGAUCUAAAUCUCAAGUACAUCCUCCAAGUCAUGCGGGAUUAUCGUCUUUUAAGGGCCUAUAGUGCCCCAUUCCCAAACGAACGUUACUAUUCCAUGGCCUAUAUCGAUGACGUGAGGGAAGGCACAGAAAACGAUCUCUACACACGAUCAACGGAACAACCGGAUGAGAAAUCGCCGGAUUUGUCCGUCGACUUAUCUCUCGACCCUUCACCCGUACCCAACAAGGAGGUCCCCGAUAUUCUGGAUCUCCUCUAUCGCAGCUCAGAAGUGGUGCAAGAGUGUCAGGAGAUAGAAGAUCCCAAAGAAUCAGUUACUACUUGGAAUGCUAAGCAGUAUUUGAUGGAUAUGUAUCCGUCGUGUGCGGCGUUGCUUAGGAAGGGAUUGUUGUGGGACAAGGAUGGUGAUGGGUUGAUAGAAAAUGGUGGAUUCCCCGAUCAGACAUAUGAUGCGUGGGUUAUGUCUGGACCGAGUGCGUAUUGUGGUAGUCUCUGGGUAGCUUCAAUAAGUGUAGUACGAGCGAUGGCACACAUACUCGGACAGGAAGAAGAUGAAAGAGAGUUCUCGAAACUUCUAGAACAAGCCAAGACGUCGUUUGGUGAUAAAUUGUGGAAUGGAAGUUUUUAUAAGUUCGAUACUAAGCCCUCGAAUAAGAAUGUUGUGAUGGCGGACCAGUUGGCUGGACAGUGGUUCCUCCGCGCGUCUGACUGGAACGAGGAAGUGUUCCCCGAAGCAAACGUACGGAAGGCACUUCAGACCAUAUAUGAGAAUAAUUGCCAGAAGUUCUUGAAUGGGAGAUGUGGGGCUGUCAAUGGAUUCGUGACGGGUCGUCGGAGUAAAAUUGAUACCACAGCGCUACAGAGUAUGGAAGUAUGGCCUGGUGUCACCUUUGGGCUUGCCUCGCUCAUGAUAUAUGAAGGUAUGCAUGAACAAGCAUUCGCAAUGGCCGGUGGCCUCUACAACACGUUAACUAAAAUGGGAUUGGCAUUCGAGACACCCGAAGCAUUAUACGAAAAUGGCAAUCAUAGGUCCAUAGCGUAUAUGCGACCUCUUUCGAUAUGGUCAAUGUAUCAGGCGAUAAUUGCUAGGCCGCCGCGAAUUAACCACAUAAAUGGCCAAAUACAUGGAAAACAUUUAUAGUGAUGCUACGUUACAGGCGGAUGAUUUUAAAAAUGAAAUGAUUUAAAAUCUCAAUUGCAUUGCGGAAAAAUAUUUUGCUGUAAAGUGGAUAAAAUAAUCGGCAAUUGCUUUUUAUGUCUGCGAUAAGUCAUAGACAGUAGUUUUUGUGCAAUAUUGAUUGGCGACGGUCACACCUGUCGUAAAGUUUGUAUUGUCUAGGGCUCCUGGUCCUAGACAUGUGUAAGCAGAGACAGUUCAUGUGUCGCGUCUAUUUGAUUCGUGAUGCCUAUAAUAAAAAAGUGCCUAAAGAAUACAUCGAAUUAAUGAAAUAAUAAUAAUUAAAUUAUUUAAAGUCAUCCGCCUUAGUGACAUUAUCGUGGAUUUACUCUAAGUGAAUGUUACCCACGUGUUAAAAUGCGUAAUUUAUUAACACUUGUUUCGCACUGCACAAAGAUGUUUUAAACAAAUCACUUGUGAGCAUUCUCCACGUUUGAUAUUUAUAAUUGUUUACGAUAAAUUAUAUAAUUUAAAACUGCAACAAAUUACUAAGGAGUCUAAAUACGAUAUUUAAAAAUUGUCUAUGGACUAUUUCGAUAAAAAAUAUAAAAGCUUACCAGGCUGUAUAAUCUACAAAAAAUAAAUUAAAAAAAACAUCUGACUACAGACUUGUAGUUUGAAAACAAAGAAUUCCAAAACGAUGAUUUAUGAAUAUAUCUUGAAAACCAUAAAUCAAAAUAAAUAUCGAUCGUGAAGUUUGCUGCUUAUUGAAUGCAAUUAAAUUGCGUGUUGACAUUUCCAUUUUUUGCCAUUUAAAAAAUGUUAUCUACAUGCUACAGCAAGCUUACCACGAAACUUCAAUAAAGCUUUCACUGCUUGAUUCCGUAAUUUAUUAAACCUAAUGAUAAGAUCAUUUUGGCAUUAGUACCAAUAUUCAAAAUUAUAAUUGACAUUGUAAUAAAGUGGUAAGCUUGCAGCUUGUUGUCUAAGUGUUAAAUUAAAUCUCUAGUUUUCGAAAUGUUAGGAAAUUUAAACUGAGCUGUGCAUUUCCAAAGAUAAUAUAUUCAAGUAUUUAUUUUAAAAAACGCGCAAAAAUUAGCUUAAAAUGGCGGCAAUUUUAAUAUCUAUUGUAAUAUGAAUGCAAUGCGUCGUCAAAUAGAAUUAAACUAUAUAGAUGCUACUAAAUGGUCGGUCAUGGUUCGUUCCCGAUCUCGUAAAAUAUUUUUCUUAAUGUAAAACCAAAUUAUAUACCAGUCCAAGAACGAACUGCGAACGGCAUUAGUGUAAAUUCAGCCUAAAUAGGCACAUUGAUAGGUUUUACUAUAUUUCAGUAAUGAAUUUAAUAUCCAUAGCACAAAAAAUACGUAAAUCUUAAAGUAUUAUAAUGUUUUGUAUGAAAAACUUGACUAGCAUAGUGUGCGUAUUAGUCAAAGAAGACACAAAUACCCUUCAAAAGGCAUUCGUGUCAUCAAAUGCGAGCUGUCACAAACUGACAUAACCGUAUUAACGCAUACUUGACAAAUGAAUGGUUUGUGCUACGGGUAACAAUAUUUGAAAAUCGAAACGACUAAUAGAGCUCUGAGAUUUGACGUUUCCUUUUUUUAUUUAACUCAGGUCGUACGCCAGCCUGAUACAUAUUAAAUAACCAAUGCUUUUUAAACUUCGAAUUCUAAUUAAUAUUUCUACAAUUUUUGUAUGAACUUUUAUUAUACCUGUCAUCCAAUUUCGCCACGAUAAUUUUUAAUAUAUGUAAGAAUGUAUGGGCCAAUUAAACAUAACGGUGAUAGACAAUUUUUAACAAUGCGGAAGCAAUGAAACGAUUAUUAUAUGUUCAUUAACACAUUAAUAUACAACACUAUUCCUGAGUAAUAAAGACUAUAGUAAUUUCCAAAAUAUAAAAUAAAAAACAUUAGCCGUGAAAAUCCGGGACGGAGCGCGGAGUCUUCUAUAAAAUAUAAUCAUGUUAAGAAAAAUAUUGUUUGUUGAUUGACCCAGGUAUUCAUAAAAAAGGCUUUUGAAUCUUAAUUUCUUAACUUUAAUGUCUACACAGUCUCUUAGAAAGUAUCAAAACUGUAUAAAAAUACCAAUUAGACUAAACUACUAUUUUAAACAUUUUAUAAAAUAUUCCUUAUAUUUCUAAUCAAUUGAUAAUUUUAUUUUACUCAUGUCAUAAUCUAUAAUUAUGUUUUUUUUAUUUUUGGUAAUAAUAUUUAAGUACCAGUGCAAUAGGAUUAAACAUAAUCUAUGAAUUAAGGUCUAUGGUUAGAUUCAAAAACAAGAUGAAUCGUGACUGUCAUAUGUCAAAAUUCAAUACAUUUUUGACAUAUGUGGGUCACACUUGGCGCUAAUUUAUGUUUUCUUAGACCGUUAAUUCACAGACUUAACGGUAUUUGAGAUAGUUCUUACCCUCUUAUGAAAGAGAUCAUUAAAUAGUUAGAAGUAGUAUAUUUCAUAGAACAUCUAUGCUUAACUCCUUGCUUCUUUAUAAUUCACAUAAUGCUGGUCAAAAACAAUUGUUAUGUUAUAUGAAAUUAUUUUGAAGUUAUAUCAUUUUAAAUAGGAUUUUUUUCGAAGUAAUUUAAAAAGAAUGUAUGUAAAUGCAGAAGAAGUGAAAAGUUGCUUGAAUUCCUCUUCCAAACUAUUGUAUGCUUAAUUAAAUUAAUGGUCUAAUUACAGCCAGUAUAUGCAACAUUGUUUUACGAUAAAGAAAAUAAAUACCAUUAUUUUUAUAUUGAAAUAAAAUAAUAAUGGUAAUAAAAACAGUACUUUAUUUAGUCCAAGUUUUAUAAUAAGGCCCAAUCGUUAAGCAUAGAUCAACUGACGAAUUUUAGUAGCCUGUGUAGAGGGGACAUUAAAAUACAACUUUACCAUUUAUUUAUACGUAUAUUUGUAUCAUAAAUGCAUUUUGGGAAAGUUAAUAUAAAAGUAUGAAUAAAA